AAAUCCCCUCUGACUGCAGCUUCGGAAACAGAUGUGAAAUCUGUUCCAAAAUCAAAAAUGCAGCGUUGCUCCUCUUCAUUUUUGUAUCGUCUUGUUUCAGAUUUAUUAAUGAUAAGCAUAUUUCCCCGUGUAAAUGUUUUUAUAACCUUAUUAAAGUCUGCCUGAAUGGGACGUGCUUGAAAUUAUUUGGAUUUAUUAAUCAGUAAUUUGUAAUUGUAUGGACCGAAUUCUUACUAUCGACGCUUGUCUAUGAUCCGGUCUUCCUUUUCAGCAUUGCGUGUUGGUGGAAUUUCCGAUAUAUGGUUUAUCUCAUCUCUUCGAAUCCUUUUGUUCUCACUGUAUUGCCUUGAGAUCUCAAAAUGGGAGUAUUGUUGUCAAAAUUCAGGAAAGCGAAGACCGAAGAGACUGCUGAAGAAAAAUUGGCAAAAAUUGAAUCUCAGAUCAAAAGCCUGGACGAAAUUAUCCAGCAGGAUCGGCAACGGGAGAAACGCAUCUGGGCUAGUUUCCUCUUUAUCACGGGAUUCCUCUACGUUACCGUUGCGGGUAUUCUCCAUUUCUUUGUUCUGGAGCGCAGCACAAUAAUCGAUUAUGCGAAAUUGGUUCUCAUUUGGAUCACGCCAGUCUUUCUCAUUUAUUUCCUCCAAAGAUGGAUCCCCUGGUAUUUUGAGCGUCGGAUUCUAGUGAAAAAAGAGAAACUAAUCAAAUUCCGUCAAGAUAAGAAGAAGAUCCUGGAUCACGUGCGAGACAAUGAGCCGUACAAUAAAGCCAAAGCCAUUCUGGAGAAAUACGAUCCGCUUUCCGUCACACCACGGGGCUCCACUCAGGCCGUGCCUUCCCAUCCCCAGGUCCGUUCGGGCAGCAAUGUGAGCCUGACGAAAAUGCCUGUGACACCGUUUCCCCCCACCGCAGCACCGGGUCCACGCCCUCCUUUACCCCAGCCGCGACCAGGCGCCAAUAAUUUUUACCCGCCGCCAUAUGCGCAAAAUCGGGAUUUGGUCUAUGGCCGACCGCCACAGAUCAAGCACCGCACCACCAUGGAUCGUAUGCUGGAUUUUCUCGUUAAGGAUGGCCCGGAGAACCGUAUGGCGUUGAUAUGCCGGAAUUGUGGGGCGCAUAAUGGGUUGGUUAUGCUGGAUGAAUUUGAUUAUACAGGAUUUAAAUGUUUCGAGUGCCACAUGCCGAAUCCGUCUCGUAAGCCUCGUCCGAUUGUUUCGCGACCGAGCAUAAGCGCGGAAGGACAGCGCAGCGGAUCCUUUCCUCUAACCGGCUCAUUGGACAACCAGUCCGAGUCGUCCAGCUCAUCAGAGGAAGAAGACGAGACCACCGCUACCCGCAUCGCGGAAGAAGAAACACCGGUGCAUCAGGCCACCGUCAAAUCAGCGGCGACCAUUGUCCAGCAUGAAGAUAUACCGCGCGUUUCCGUGGCGGCUGUGGAUCCGAGUUUAGAGGAAAGUGAUACGGGCAGUGAGAGCGAUGUGGAGGAGGAGGAUUCACCGCCCGACAGCUCACCGACGGCGGCACCGUUGCCGGUGGAAGCCGAGCGUCCCGCCGUUGUGGCCUGAUUGGAAUUGUGCUUCCGCUUCGUAGUUAAUAUGUAGUUGUGCUCAAAGUGUGGUUGGGAAUUGGUAGAGGCUAUCUAGUCGUUUUUGUCUCAAGAUAUCAGCGGGAUUGUUUUUGGGAAUUGGCUUGAGACCCUCCUUAAUGUUAAGUAUUUCAGUGACAGUUUGCUUUGUUGAAUAAUCGCUUCCAGCGUUUCUCACUAUUUGCAUUGCAUAUCUGCUCAGCAGAUUUGCUAUUGUGUCAUCGACAGUUUCUAAAUUAAAGAUUGUUCAUUGGAAUCAAAUUUGUAUCUAAGCGAUAAAUGGAAUUUGCC